AUGACAAAAACAACAGCUCGAUGCUACAAUAUCUUCGAUAGAAAACUCAGCAAAGAAGGCACUGUAGAGGUGGUCGAGCGUCAGCUGUUCGUGGAGGGGUUCGCAGAAGAUUCUGAUACUGCUGUGCGAUUGAUAGCUCCAAAAGGCGAACUCUUCGACGAUUCCGAUACAAGGAUUUGGCAAAUAGACCAUCUCGACAUUCGAUCUCAAUAUGUCAACAUAACUGCUAUUGAGUUAGAUUCAGUUGUUGUUGAAACAGCAAAGAAAUGGUUUGGCGUUAUUGAAGAAGAAAAUCACCGUGUGAUUGUACAAGAUGGUCUCGAGUACUUGAAAGAAGCUAGCAAACGUGGGAAGAAAUCUGAUGUCAUAGCCUUGGAUGCAUGUGGUGGAGCCAUUAGAUCGCCGUGCCCUGCUAAAGUAUUUCGGGAUGUGGAAGUGAUCGAGAGGCUCAGAAAAGCUCUUACCCCUACAGGCCAAUCAUCAAGCUUUGCACAUUCUCUCAAUCGCAAAAUAAUACCAUAA